UUCUCUAUAAUUAUUUAUUGAAUUUGAAUGGUAACAGAGUGACAUACCCAUUCUACAAUGGUAGAAUCCAAGAUGGAAGCGAACAUGCGGAUGAAAGUUUGGAAGGGAAACUGGGGCCUACCUUCUAUUGAUACAAGAUGCCUCUACCUUAUGGCCUUUGCAAAAUUCUCUGGAGCACCAAUAAAACUGGAAAAUGAUUUUGAUAUCUGGAGCAAUUUAAAAGGGAACUUUCCUAUCUUGAUAUCUGAUGAAAUGAUUAUGGAGGGAAAAAACAAAAUUAUAGAACAUCUUCGAACAAAAGGAUUUGAUUCUGAUAGAGAUUUGACAGACAUUCAACGAGCUGAUAUUCUAGCAUUUGAUGCUCUACUUGAAGAUAAGCUUCUCCCUGCUUUGCUCCAUGUUUAUUGGAUCGACGCAAAGAAUUACGUCGACGUUUUCCGUCCAGUCUAUGCAAACUUUCUCUCCUUUCCAUUCAACUUCAUCACUCCUGGUAAAUGGCAGAGGUACAAUCAAGAACGAGUUGAAACUAUGUUUGGUGGACCACACCUUGUUGAAGGAGAAUUAAAAGAAAUUAUAUUCAAAAAAGCAAAGAAAUGUUUGAAUUUACUAUCGGAGAGACUUCACGACAAAGAUUUCUUCUUUGGUGACAUGCCCACAUCUUUAGAUGCUGCUGUGUUUGGUUACUUGGCACCUUUACUGCGAGCUCCACUACCAAGCACUGAGCUGCAAGCUCAUCUUAAAGCCUGUGAUAAUUUGUGUCGGCUAGUGAGCCGCAUCCAAAUGAGAUACUUCCCUGAUAUUCCAUCAGAUGAAUCUCAGAAAAAUAAGCCAAAUGAAAAUUCAACCACAGAACCUUAUGAAGAGGAGCACAAGCGUCGAAAUCAGAUUCUGUCCGUUCUGUUUGCUGCUGCAAUGAUGGUUGGCUACGCAGUAUUUAGUGGGUUAGUCAAAGUACAAGUGGAUGAUGGCGGGUUUGGUAUGGAGGUAGACUACAAUGAUGAAGAGAAGGAUGAAGAAGUUGAUUAACCAAGGAAUAAACAAAUAAAAUAUGGUUGAAGCUGCUAAAAUUUUAAAAUACUCUAUCAGAUAUUAGGGAAUUACUUUUUUAAAAUUAAAUUACCAAGUACAAUAAAAGAUAUUAAGAAUUCAGUUAUAUUACUUAGUACUUUAUUUUUUUUUUUUACCCUCCUUAAAGUAGACCCCCUCCUUUGAACUGG